ACAAACCGUCAUCUCAAAACCAGCCCAACCUCGUGAUACCAUUCCGUACACCAUCGCAAACCUGGCGGCAGCUCGCACAUUUCAACCUUCAGCACACAACAUAUCAGGAUGGCACAGCAACAGCAGAGCCCCCUCCCGGCUUACGCCGACUACCAGUACUUCCUCGUGACCAGCCCGAGCCCCCUGGUGGCGCACGUCGAGAUCAACCGGCCGGCCAAGCUCAACGCCUUCCACGAAGCCAUGUGGCACGAGCUGCGGGCCAUCUUCGGGCGGCUGUCGGUCGACCCGGACGUGCGCGCCGUGGUGCUCUCGGGCGCCGGCGACCGCGCCUUCACCGCGGGGCUCGACGUGGCGGCCGCCAGCGAGGGCGGCGUGCUGGCGUCGGCCGAGGGCCAGGGGCUGGACCCGGCACGCAAGGCGGCCCGCCUGAGGCGGUACAUUGCCGACUUUCAGGAGUGCAUCACGGCGCUGGAGAAGUGCGAGAAGCCCGUCAUCUGUGUCAUGCACGGCAUCGCCAUCGGGCUGGCCAUCGACAUCUCGACCGCCGCCGAUAUCCGGGUGUGCGCCAAGGACACGCGGUUCGCCGUCAAGGAGGUCGACAUUGGACUGGCCGCCGACAUUGGCACGCUCGCACGCCUGCCCAAGGUGGUGGGCAGCCAGUCUUGGGUCAAGGACGUGUGCAUGACGGCUCGCGACUUUGACGCCCAAGAGGCGCUUGCCGUCGGCUUCGUCAGCCAAGUGCACGAGUCCAAGGCAGCCGCGCUGGCCGCGGCCUUCAAGACGGCCGCUUUGCUCGCCACCAAGAGUCCCGUGGCCGUGCAGGGGACCAAGGAGCUGCUAACCCACAGCCGAGACCACCCGGUCGAGGACAACCUGAGGUACACGGGCGUUUGGAACGCCGCCGCCCUUCAGACUAACGAUGUGCCGGCCGCCCUCAUGUCGGGACUGAAAAGGAAGAAGCCGACGUUUGAGAAGCUAUGAGUGAGCGCCUGUGGUGGGUUGAAAGUGUCUGGGUAGAUAGAAGGUCGAUGUGGUCCCCAUGCAAUGUACAAGGUUUAAUAAUCCGUACUCUAUCCAUGAAUGUCGUUAAUCGUACAACCCUCGGCGCUUGCCAACAGUGAGAAUUUCUUGAAUUUCUUGACCGCAGCCGGAUGAAGUGCAGG